CGCGUCCAGGCGGAGCUCGGGUCUCCAGCCGUGGCACACCUGCCCCGCGGUCCGCACGGCCGAGGCCGGUGCGGGAUCUGCACCCUUUGCCCCGCGGAAUCGCGGGGCGCCCCGCCAGACCCAGCUGUCUAUCUCUGCCCGAGCCAGCCAAUCGACUGCGACUGCCCCGGCCGCACCUCCCAGAAUCUCUGACGGGCGUGCGGCUUAGCCUAUGAGAUGGGGGCCUCAGCGGCCUGAGCUGGGAGCGGGAGCCAAUGAGCAUCAUUUCAGAGGCAAUCGCUCUUGGAUCCUCCUGUUCACGAUGGCACAGAGAACUGGACUUGAAGAUCCGGAGAGGUAUCUCUUUGUGGACAGGGCAGUCAUCUACAACCCUGCCACUCAGGCUGAUUGGACGGCUAAAAAGCUAGUGUGGAUUCCAUCAGAACGCCAUGGUUUCGAGGCAGCUAGUAUCAAAGAAGAGCGGGGAGAUGAAGUUAUGGUGGAGUUGGCGGAGAAUGGAAAGAAAGCGAUGGUCAACAAAGAUGAUAUCCAGAAGAUGAACCCACCUAAGUUUUCCAAGGUGGAGGAUAUGGCAGAAUUGACGUGCUUGAAUGAAGCUUCUGUUUUGCAUAAUCUGAAGGAUCGUUACUAUUCAGGCCUUAUCUACGUAAGUAUGCCCUCUAAAUACUCAUGUGAAGUGGUGACUGGGAAUUAAUGGAAAUUAUACAUA